AUGUCUCUCUCGGUCAGGCUGAAACAAUUCCACGUCGCCAGGUCCAAAGGGGCAAAAUUGGCUAAACUGACUUUCAGAGAUGUAACUCACACGAGUCGAGUGCUUGAAGAAAGAGGGGAACUAAUUAUCGUUGAUGAGAGAUUUGACUGGCAAGUGAGUCAUCCACUGCAAAGCCAAGAACAGUUGCAGAUAGAACUUUUUAUCCGCAAUAGAUAUCUCAGUGAUAAAUUUGUAGGUUCGUACUGUCUUAUCUUACAAACUCUUAUACAUGAAGGGAAGUCUUCCAUCGCCGAUACUCUACUCGAUGCUAAUAACAAGCCAAUAGCGGCUACUGUGACAUUUGAAGUCACAUAUACGGCAAUGGAAGGGUCGGAUUGGUCCUUGAACGCUGAGCAGCAAAUGCUGGUCGAUAUAGAGCAGAACAUUGCAAACAUCGAAAGGAGUAUGACGAGAAGAGGGUCUUGGAACAGCCACGAACCUUCACCUGAACAAUCCCCAAGUAAGGUGGGGACACUAAAAUCCAGUGUUAAAGCUCUCAUGCGGCUUGGGAGACAUAAAAAAAGUAGAAGAUUACUGGCACAAACAAGUACUGAUGCUGGCGGGGGCAAUUGUAGCGAACAGUAUGAACCACUCAUACAUCGAGAACAUCGGAGUUCGUCUAUGUCAUCGCUUUCAUCCAAUGAAUCUGCCAUGUCAAAUAACACCCAGACCAUUCCUACUAAAAAGAUAGUGAAGCACGACAAUGCUCUGAACGCAUGGCAAAGUGUGCUUAAGUCCCAGGACUUCCAGGUGUGCAUUACGAUCAUCGAGGCACGGCAAUUAGCAGGUUUAAACAUGGAUCCGGUCGUUUGUGUACAAGUUGGAGACACGAAAAAAUACACGAGCGUAAAGGAGAGCACCAACUGCCCAUAUUAUAACGAAUAUUUUGUUUUCGAUUUUCACAUGCCUGCAGUAAUGCUGUUUGAUAAAAUCAUCACUCUUUCUGUUUUACACUCUAGGAAGUUGUUGAGAUCAGGAACGAUUGUGGGAUCUUUCAAGAUAGAUCUACGGACAGUCUAUGAUGCAGAGGAACACCAGUUCUUCCACAAAUGGGCACUCUUGACAGAUCCUGACGAUAUUGCAGGCGGCCCAAAGGGCUAUCUUAAAUGUGAUAUUAGUGUGAUCGGCAAAGGUGAUACAGUCAGGAUCCCAUCAAAAAGUGAAAAGGAUGACGACAAUAUCGAAGCAAAUCUACUUCUACCAGACGGGGUCCCAAUUGAGAGGCAAAGGGCGCGAUACAUUAUUAGAAUUUACAGAGCCGAUGGACUACCAAAAAUGAAUUCAUCCAUCAUUGCAAAUGUCAAAAAGGCAUUUAUGGGAGAAUCUAAAGACUUAGUGGACCCUUAUGUUCAAGUUUCAUUUGCUGGGCUAACCGGUAAAACUUCAGUGAAAAAAUGCAGUUACGCUCCUGUCUGGAAUGAGCAGAUUGUGUUUACAGAAAUGUUCCCUCCAUUAUGCCAGAGAAUAAAAAUUCAAAUACGGGACAGCGAUCCUGUCAGUUCUGUAAUAGCGACUCAUUUUAUUGAUUUGAAGAAUAUAUCAAAUGAUGGCGACAAAGGUUUUCUUCCAACCCUUGGUCCAACUUUCAUGCACAUGUACGGAUCUACAAGAGAUUAUUCGAUAAUCGACCAGCAUUCUGGGUUGAACACAGGGCUGGGUGAAGGUGUUUCGUACAGAGCAAGGCUUUUGAUCGCCAUCCGAACUGAGAUAUCUGAUGCCGUUGAUAUUAGCACAUCACAAGUUUUCGUUGAGCCGAUUUCACCAAUUUCAGAAACUAUGUAUGGUAAAGUAGAGGAAUAUUUUUUAUUUGCUACCAUCUUGGAAGCGUCUAUGAUAGAUAAAAAAUUAGGAGAGAAACCAAUGUUUUUUGAGCUAAGUAUUGGUAAUGCUGGUAAUACAAUUGAUGGACACAAUCAAACAAGUCAAGAAUCACCAGAAAGCGAUAGCGAAGAUAAUCUUGAAUCUGUAAAGACUGACAUAAUUAACUGGGCGAGUACGACGCCAAAGACCAAACCGAUGACACAUGACAGAUUGUAUUAUUUUCUUCCUUACUGGGAUGACAAGCCCUGCAUGCAUUUAAGAGCACCGUGGCCUGAUUUAAGGAGAAGGAUGUACAACAGUAAUAUGCUUGCCAAAAUCGUUGAAACAUUGGAAGAUGGUUUGUCAGAAGUUUCAUCGAUUGAAAGUCUUAGCUUGAGCGAUGGCCAACCAGAGGCUAAGUUAAAAACAGUUUUAGAAGAUUUAUGCACGGCCUCCCAUCGGUAUGUCACUCUUGCGACUAGCAGUGGUGCCCUGGGGUACACCAGAUUGGAUAAAAAUAGAUUAAAACAUUGCAUUUCCACAGUUGAAAAUAUUGGGACCAUGGCUCGUAAUCUUAAAGCAUUAGUCACAAAACAUUCUUUUAAAGAGAGAUAUAAGACUGCGCAAUCUUAUUUACAAAAGCUCAAGCUUAUAGUCGAAGAUCCACAACACGCACUACCAGAUGUUUUUGUUUGGCUUGUAAGCAAUGGAAAGAGGACUGCUUAUCAAAGGAUUUCAGCAAGGGAUAUUAUUUAUUCACCGAUUGAAGAAGAAUGUGGCCGGCACUGUUCUAAAGUUCAUAGUUUAUUUUUGAAGUUACCAGGGAAAAAAGGUGUUGGAGCCGGUGGUUGGAUAGUACCGGCUAAAUUACAGAUAUUUUUCUGGCUCGGCCUUGUAAAGCACAAAAAAAAUUUUGUCAAUGGUCUUACUAAAGGAUACCAAAUAUCGCACGAAAUAAAAAAUGCAGACCGACCUCAUGCGAUGCCUCCUUCGGUUAUUCAUUAUCUGGAAAAAUAUUCUUUCCAAGUUAGAGCUUACAUGUAUCAAGCAAGAUCUCUGAUAGGAUCGGAUGCGUCGGGAUUAUCCGACCCAUUUGCUCGAGUUAUUGUUGGCGAAUAUUGCAGAACUACUCAAGUCAUAGAUGAAACUCUAAGCCCUACAUGGGAUGAGCUUUUGGUUUUUGACGAGAUUCUAGUAUAUGGGACUAAAGAGGAAAUAAAAAAUGAACCGCCUACCAUAAUAAUUGAAAUAUUUGAUCAAGAUAAGGUGGGUAAAUCUGAGUUCAUCGGGAGGGCUGUUGCUAAACCUCAUGUGAAAUUGUUGGAGGAAGCGUACACCAAGCCAGAUUUUCCACCUAGCCUAGAAUGGUUUGAAAUAUACCGAGGGCAAGAAAGAGCUGGAGAACUACUUGCUACUUUUGAAAUGCUAGAGCUAGUCGCUGGUGGAGAACUUCCAGAUUUACCUCCUGCUAAAACACCACCAAACAUAGCCGCUGCACAUUUGCAGGAUGAAACGGGUCCAAUUCUUCCUGUGCCUUGUGGAAUUAGACCUACUUUAGCAAACUAUCGCCUGGAAGUGUUGUUUUGGGGUCUGAGGGAUUUGAAAAGGGUGCAUUUACUCACUGUAGAUAAACCUCGAGUGGACAUUGAAUGUGCUGGCCACAUUCUUCAUUCUUCAGUGAUCCUUAAUGCUAAGAAGAACCCAAAUUUUUCUACUCCGGUCAAAUACUUAGAGCUGGAGUUACCCGAACAAGAAUUAUACCAGCCGCCAUUGACGAUAAGGACUGUUGAUUGUAGAAGUUUUGGACGGUUUACGCUUGUGGGAACUCACAUGAUCAAUUCAGUUCUCAAGUAUACGUAUAUACCUCAAACGAAGAAACAGCGUGAAGCCGAAGACAAAAAGAUUGCUCAACAACAACUUAAUCAGGCUCAAGACAACAUGGAACAUCAGAUUAAACCCACUUCACCCAUCUUGAAUGGAUCAAUUUACGCUAGGGAAAAUGAACCAUUACUGCCAAGAGAUACGACUAUUCUCAUCUCAUAUGGAACACAGAGCAGUAUAAAAAAAGACGAUAAGUUAGAAUUAAACAAAAGGAAGAAAAGAAAUAGUAUAUUAAUUAAUAAUGAUGAAGAUCAAGAAAGCAGAGACUGGUGGACAAAAUAUUUCGCCAGUGUUGAAGCCCUAAUUCAGGAAGGAAAGGAUGCAAGGAAAGAUCAACAGUUACAAUUAAAUAAUGGUUCAAUACCUCAGGCUGAGAUGGGCUCAUUAAAUGACAAAAAAGGUAAAAUCAGUGCUAAACUUGCGGCAAAGUUAAGCCCUAAAUCAGGUCGGCCGCCAAGAGAGCUUAAUACUUCAAAAUUGAAAAUAUACACAAGUGAACUUGAGAGUCAGCCCGAAUUUGAAGGAUUCAAUGAAUGGUUGAGCAGUUUUGAAUUGUACAGAGGUAAAAAAACGGGCGAUGAAAGUGAAGAUGAAAGCAGGAUUGUUGGAAUUUUCAAGGGUGCAAUAAAAAUAUAUCGAUGGCCGUUGCCUAAAGAUACCGUGGAUCAUACAGUCAUGGGAUUUGACCCACAGUUUGGCUUCUUCCAAGGAUUGCCAUCUAACGAACCGAUACAUGUUCUUGUAAGAGUCUACAUAGUCAAAGCGACAGACUUACAUCCGAUGGAUUUAAAUGGAAAGGCUGACCCUUAUAUAGUUUUACAAUUAGGAACAAAAAGAAUGGCAGACAAAGAAAAUUAUAUUUCAAAACAAUUAAAUCCUGUCUUUGGCAAGUGUUUUGAAAUUGAGGCAACAUUUCCUCAGGAUUCUAUGCUUACGGUUCAAGUGUUGGAUUGGGACCUUGUCGGAGCCGAUGACCUGAUAGGGGAGACUAAAAUUGAUUUAGAGAAUAGGUUUUACAGCCGUCAUAGAGCAACAUGCGGGAUAACAUCAUCUUACGAUGUAGGUGGGUACAAUCAGUGGCGAGAUCCGAUGAAACCGACGCAAAUUUUAGCAAGGCUCUGUAAAGAGGGAAAGUUAGAUCCACCUGUUUAUCUGGCGGAUAGAGUUAAAGUCGGAGGAAAAACAUUUUGCCUUCAAUCAGAUCCAGAAAUGGCAAUAUGCGGAAUUCGAGGCAGUGAGGAGGAAAUGGCUCUGGGAGUUCUUCACAAUUGGCAAGAAGUGCCUAGAAUUGGAUGUCAUCUUGUUCCAGAGCAUGUAGAAACUAGACCACUUUACAAUCCCGACAAACCUGGAAUCGAACAGGGUAAACUAGAAAUGUGGGUUGAUAUGUUUCCAAUGGACAUGCCAGCUCCUGGCCCUCCGUUGGAUAUUUCUCCGAGAAAGCCAAAGUCCUACGAACUCAGAGUAAUUAUAUGGAACACCGAUGAAGUUGUACUGGAAGAUGAUGCAUUUUUUACUGGAGAAAAAAUGUCAGAUAUCUACGUAAAAGGAUGGCUCAAAGGACAAGAAGACUGCCAGUGCACAGAUAUUCACUACAGAUCAUUGACCGGAGAAGGAAAUUUUAAUUGGAGAUUUGUUUUUCCGUUUCAAUAUCUUGUAGCCGAGCAGAAAAUUGUCAUAUCGAAAAAAGAGUCGUUAUUUAGCUGGGACGAGACAGAGAGUAAAAUUCCAGCUCGGCUCGAACUCCAGGUUUGGGAUGCCGACCAUUUUUCAGCAGAUGACUUUUUAGGUGCUAUUACACUGGAUCUAAAUACAUUUCCUCGUGGAGCAAAAUCUGCCAAGCUCUGCACUCUCGAUAUGCUGAAAACAGAUGGUACUGUACCUGUUGUGAACAUUUUCAAAGCUAAACGAGUAAAAGGCUGGUGGCCUUUUUAUGUUAAGAAGGAAAACGAAGAAAUGGAAUUGACUGGAAAAGUAGAAGCAGAAAUACAUUUAUUGACACAAGAAGAAGCAGAAAAAAAUCCAGCUGGUCUCGGCAGAAAUGAGCCAGAUCCUCUAGAUAAACCUAACCGACCAGACGCUUCGUUUAUGUGGUUUUUGAACCCUCUUAAAUCUAUCCGUUAUAUUGUCUGGCACAAUUAUAAAUGGAGAAUUCUUAAGUUUUUCAUCAUUUUAGCCGUGAUGAUGAUGUUCUUUUUAUUUUUCUACGCAAUACCUGGUUACUCUGUUAAAAAAAUUAUUGGUGCAUAAGGUAAGUUGUGAUACUGCAAUCAAUGAAUCUAUAAGCAAAACAAUCACUCUUUGAUAGUUAUAUAUAUUUAUAAAAAUGAAAUAAGCUUAAGUGUUAUUUUAUACCGAGAGCAUAUCUUACCAUUUAGCUCUUAAAUUUUACCUUAUUGAAAUAUUGUUGGCCUAACUCCGUAAACUCUGUAUGUAUCGCUAGUUUUAUAUGUUUAUCAAAUAUUUAUUUAUUUUUAUUAUAUGUUCAAAGGCAGUAUUGAUUUAAAUUAUUAUUUUAAUGCGCAGCUUUGUUGGAUGUUAUGCUAUUGUAAAACACUUGCCCAUAGCUUGAAGCUUUCAUCAUCUUGGUAGGUCUAUUUUUGCAGAAUGUGAUAUCAUUUUGCCAGUUUUGUGGUGGUCACGGCAUUUGACACAAACGGUAAGAAUAGACAGACCAGGUUGAUUGAGGAUUGUCAAGCUACAAAUUUUGAAUUUUAAUUUUGAUUAUUAGAGUAUUACGUUUCAAUUAAAAAACUUACAAAAAAAUUAAUAUUUCUUUGUCAAUGUGUUGUGCACAAUAUUCUAUGCUAUGGAAUUGUGUGAUAUUGUAUAUAUACAUUAGCGAAUAAUAAUGUUUAAAAUGUAUAAAUAUAUUCAAUUCAAUUAAACAAAUGUACAAAGGUUAAUGCUUAAAUUUUUAAAUAAUAUUUUAAACUUUAUCAAAAAGUGUUUACUAGUUAUCCAAUAAGAGAGAAUGUACCUUUUGGCUUAUGAUUGUGAUACCAUAGUCCAAAAAAGGACAUAAUUUAAUAGAACAUAAAAAUGGUUAUUUAAUUACAAAUUUUAGCUUAUAUUGUUAAAUUUCAUAAUAUGGAUUUCUGUUAUUUUCUGAUAUAGGCAUCGUAAGAAAUGUGCCAAAGUAUUUUUUACAAUGUACUUUUGUAGAGUUAAAAUAUAUGAUGUUAAUAUAUUAAAAAAAAAUCAGUUAAUAAUUAUAA